ACCCGAUUGUGCUGCUGCUCCUGCCGCCCCGCCGUCACCGUCAGGGAUGCUGAAAUCUAUUUAAGACCGCGCGGCCACCGGGAAAUGGCUCAGUUCAACGUUCCAUUUCGGCCGAGGAUGAUCGCGUUGCUAUCCUCGUCAUGCGCGUGUGUGAUUGUGUAAAUUGUGUGUGUGGAAAAUUCAAAUUUACAUGCUAAGGAUCCACAGCAGGCUUAUCGGCUAAACCUACGCCACCAAGCUCGAUCGAUCAGGCCCAAAAAAACCUCUAAUGAUCAACGGUGAUCGGUGGGCGUUCGGUCGGUGGUGGUAUUGUGCCGGGCCUGCUUUGAUCCGGUGUGACCAAACCGUUGCCCUGGACAGAUAAUGAACCUUUCGCAGUGUUGAUGUUGCUGUUGGUGUGCUAGAGAUUCAUUUAAAAAAAAAAAAAAUUGUGAAACCAAAUUGUAACCACGUGUGCUUGUGUGUGUGUGCAUUGCAAAACUUCCAGCAGCCAACGGAUAGCAAUAAGGAUAUCAGUUUGUUUCUCCCAUCACAACGUUAUUAUUAGCAGACAAGUGACAUGCUGGUGCAGUAUGCGAUAAGUGGACUGCUACUGAUGGUGGCACAAUGCGUUCGGGAAAUCAAUGGCGAAUAUCAAACCAGCCUCACGUUCAACGAUAUCCUGCCGGAGGACCCGAAGCUGUACGACAAGAUGCGCCCGCCGAAGAAGGACGGCCAGCCGACGAUCGUGUUCUUCCACGUGACCGUCAUGGGGCUGGAUUCGAUCGAUGAAAACUCGAUGACGUACGCGGCGGACAUCUUUUUCGCCCAGACGUGGAAGGACCACCGGUUGCGGCUGCCGGAAAACAUGACGUCCGAGUACCGGCUGCUCGAGGUGGACUGGCUGAAGAACAUGUGGCGGCCGGACUCGUUCUUCAAGAAUGCCAAAUCCGUCACCUUCCAGACGAUGACCAUCCCGAACCACUACAUGUGGCUGUACAAGGACAAAACGAUCCUGUACAUGGUGAAGCUGACGCUGAAGCUGUCCUGCGCGAUGAACUUCCUGAUCUACCCGCACGACACGCAGGAGUGCAAGCUGCAGAUGGAAAGCCUUUCCCACACGACCGACGAUUUGGUGUUCCAGUGGGAUUUGGAGGUGCCGCUGGUGGUGGAUGCGCACAUCGAGCUGCCCCAGCUGGCGCUGGUCAAGAACUAUACGGCCGACUGCACCCAGGUGUACUCGACCGGGAACUUCACCUGUCUGGAGGUGGUGUUUGUGUUGAAGCGACGCCUCGGCUACUAUCUGUUCCACACCUACAUUCCGACCUGUCUGAUCGUCAUCAUGUCGUGGGUUUCGUUCUGGAUCAAACCGGAGGCGGCCCCGGCCCGGGUUACGCUCGGCGUCACGUCCCUGCUAACGCUCAGCACGCAGCACGCCAAAUCGCAGGCCUCGCUGCCGCCCGUCUCCUACCUGAAGGCGGUCGACGCGUUCAUGUCCGUCUGUACCGUGUUCGUGUUUAUGGCGCUGAUGGAGUACUGUCUGGUGAACAUUGUGCUGGGCGAUUCGGAUCCACCGUCGCCGCCGAAACCGCACCCGCCCAAGAUGGACAAGUUUUUUGACUUUACCGCGAAAAACGGCAAGCGCAACAGCAAAUCGCACGAGCAUCCGCACGACAUACCGAUCACCACGUUCCAGCGGCAGGAAAGCACGCUGCUCCUGUCGCCCGUACCGCACAUCCAGACGAUACCGCCACCGCCGUGCAAACCGGCCUCGGCCAUACCGAAGCUGACGCCCGCCCAGAUGCGGCUCAAGCGGGCGAUCAACAUCGAUCGGUUUUCGCGCGUCUUUUUCCCCUUUCUCUUCACGCUGCUGAACGUUACGUACUGGAUCAUGUUUUACGAGUAUAUUUAAGUACGGGGUUUUGGCAGGUGUUUGCAAGGGGAGCGGGACGUUACUGGGGAGGUGGGUGCUAAAUGAUAGAUAUCCCGCAUGCCCUGCUUACUUAUUGAUAUGUUUAUUCGUAGCGAGAGAAAUGAUGCAUGACGGAUUGCUAACGAGAAAUGGUUAUAUUACACUAGAUAAAGACAAAAACACUUAGCUUAGAUUGUAGAAGCGCACAACGCGCACACCAGCGGAAAAAAAGAAAAGGAGAAGGAGAAACUUGUAAAUUAUAAAAUACACCGUACGCCUCCAUGCAAAAGGAUUUCAAAUAGUCAAACAGAAGCGGUAGAGUGGUUGCAUAAAGAUAAGAAAGUAGCAUCGAUAGGAAUGUAGGGACGAUGGGGCGAAACCAAACCACUCCAAACACCACUCUGGUGUUGGGUCACGCUCCCCGUUUGAGCUUAUGGGAGACCAGGUGUUGCCCGACCUCUCCGCCGCACCGACCAGCCGCGAAGGUAGCUGGUGCCUGGGUCCGCCGUGGAGACGAGCAGCAAUUCGAACUAAGCCCCGCUUCACUAACACCGCCAGGAACUCCGCCUUCGAGAUCCCUUUGGCAAAAGUUCGCGCCUCACAGCGACUGCCUUCCAGCUAGUUUCCCCAGGCUUUCGGGGGGCUAUGCAGAUGGAAGGGGAACCUUUACCGCAGAAACUCUCAAGAGGAGAAGCUCAAGGAGUAGAGAGUGAGCGAGCAGAGAUCGGAUUCGACUUCGCCUUUCUGCCUACUGGUGUCCGCCGAGGAUUACCACUGGAGGGGUCCAAUAGCGGAUCAAUAAGCUUUCGAAGAUUAUAUCGUUUCGGGAGUGAAAUAAUAUAUUGCGUUUCGUUUCUCUUGCUUAGCUCCUUUUGUUUAUUUUCAGUUAGGAAAGGGAUGAUUUUACAGCGUGUUUUUCUAGCGAUGGAUAACAUCCUUUUCUAGGAAAAAUAUUCUUCCUUAGGUGAGGCGAAAAAUAUAUUAGGAUCGAACGCGAUCCUCUACUACCGCGCCCUGGACACCUAUCUCUAACGCUAAAUUAUGUUUCUAAUUCUGUGUAGUGCAUACUAGGUUUUUAUUAGGAAAUUCCUGGCCUUAGUCGAAAAAUGUCCUGAUGAGGACGAAGGGAAAAUAUUUAUUCGAGGAUCGAACGCGAUCCUUUUUAAUAGUGUACCGCAUUCCUGCCGCAUGCACUACCUAGUACGCUCGGAUACUAGGCGCUUAGAACCAUAGAGGAUGCUCUAUUCUAAUUUACUUAUCUGCCUAUCGUACGCGCUACUACCACCAUCACAUACACAGCGCGUUCGCUCGCUUGUGCUCGCAUCUGAUAAGCCUGAGCGACAUCCUUCCCCUCGUAAUACAACCCGUUGGUUGGAUUACCUGUACCUUGGUGAAUGGCUUUCAAUUCUAUUGAUUACACCUGUUUGAUUUAGCAACGCUAGUUGUUCCAUUAUUAAACCCUUUUCUUUUCCUGCUAUGUAAGUUUAAUAUGUGUUCCUUCGCAGUGACAUCCAGCGACGCUACCUUUACCGCUGGACGUUUGAUUAUACCGCUGGCGGUCUGCACUGCUACCGAUCGUACUUGGUCGUCUGCAGCUCGAUGCACUUCAACUAUCCGCCCUUUUAGCCAUUUUCCCGGAGGCGCGUUGUCGUCUGAUAGUACCACGAUGUCAUCCACCGUCAAGGGUACCACUUUGCUCGUCCAUUUGUCUCUCUUAAGAAGCGUUGGUAAAUACUCCUUUUUCCAUUUGUCCCAGAAGAUUUUAGAGUGGUGUUGGACUAAUUUGUAUUGCUGACGUUCGAUGCUAGAGGUAGUCAGCGCCAUAGGUGGAAUUGCAGUACCACUCCUACCUAUCAAAAAAUGAAAAGGGGUUAAGAUCUCCUCUUCGUCUCUAGUGGUGGGUAUGUGUGUUAAUGGCCGUGAAUUCAAAAUGAAUUCAAUCUGAAGUAACGUAGCCAUUAACGUUUCUGGUGAGGGUUUCCUCAGCCUGUAUUCUUCCAUCAUCUGUCGAAGUCCCUUCUUUAUAGUCUGGAUCUGCCGUUCCCAGAUUCCGCCAAAGUGUGGAGCCGAUGGCGGGUUGAAAUGCCACUCAAUUUUGAACUGCAACGCUGCUUCCUUGCCCAUCCAGGCAUCUAUAUCCAUCAGUAGUUGACGUAGUUCUCGUUCUGCUCCGACGAAAUUCGUCCCGUUGUCGCUGUAAAGGUGGCUGACUUUUCCUCGUCGGUGCUGAAAGUUCUUUAGACAGACUAGGAAGCUGUCUGUAUCCAGCUUCUUUGCCAGCUCAAGGUGUACAGCUCGCGUUGACAUGCACAUGAAUAGUACACCCCAACGCUUCUCCGUCGAACGUUUUACAGCUACUUCUAACGGUCCAAAGUAGUCUACGCCGGUGUGCAGGAAUGGUGGGUUGUAUGGCGUAGCGCGAUAUUCUGGAAGCGGGGCCAUCAUCGGAGAAACUGGUUUCGCAGAGUGCAGGAUGCACCACUGGCAGCAUCGUUUUACGUUGUUUAGGACUGCUCUCACAUUGAUUAUCCAGAACUCUUGUCGUAAUUCGCCGAUCACAACAUUGUCCGCCUGAUGUAAUGUCCUCUCAUGAUAAUCACGAACAACAAGUUUGGUGAUUCGAUGUUUCUGAGGCAAGAUGAUUGGAGUUCUUGCUGAUGACGGCAUGGCCUGGAUUUUCUCCAAUCUGCUUCUGGAACGGAUGACACCUCUUUCAUCCAUAAAAGGAACUAACUUGUUUAGCGCACUUUCCCUUUUCACAUUUUGACCAUUUCCUAAAGCCUUGAUCUCUUCAGGAAAGCCAUGUGAUUGCGCCAUUUUAUAAAGAUAUGAUCGUGCUGCUUCUGCAUCCGACAUCUUGAUCGUCGGAUCAAAUGACCUUUUGUUGAUUAUGUACUGGACAAAUUUUCGAAGAAAUAUCGUGUGGCGAACCAGUCUUGUCCAGCUAGAAUAGUUUUCUACGGAUAUUAAUUCGCCUGAUUCUGACAUGGUCAAUACCAUCUCUUCUUGGGUCUCAUACUCUCGCUUUGACGUAGGCCAAUCAAACUCUGGUUUCAAUAAGAACUCGGGUCCAUACUUCCACAGAUUCUCGUUGUUCGUGAUUUUGGUUGCCGCGUCUGCAGGAUUUUCCUUACUUGGCACCCAACGCCACUGGUCCAUUGUCGUUGUUUCUAGAAUUUCACUCACACGAUGGGUUACAAAUUGUUGGUACUUCCGUUUUCUAUUUUUGAUCCACCCGAGGACAGUUUGGGAAUCACUCCAAAAUACGGACCGGUUAAUCUCAAUGCGAAGUUCCGCUAUCACUGUCUUCGCUAGUCGAGUUCCUAGUAGCGCUGCCUGUAGCUCAAGACGAGGAAUUGACAGCUGUUUAAUGGGUGCCACUCGCGCCUUUGCCGCAAGUAGAUGAUUUGUGAAGAUGUUGCCAUCAUAGCUUCUUGCGUAAACGCACGCGGCGAAGGCGUCUUUAGAUGCAUCGACGAACGUAUGGAUCUCCGUAAACAAGGCUGCUGCUGGUCUGAUGCACCGUGGUACGACGAAGUCACCGAUGUUGUUUAACUGCUUCAACCAACUACGCCAGGCGUCAGCUAGGUCUGACGGUAUUUGCUGGUCCCAAUCUUUUACUGCGAUGUGUAUUCCACGUAACUGUAUUCGUCCUUGAAUGGUGAUAUGGCUUAUCAAGCCUGCUGGGUCGUAGACGCUCAUUACCAAACUUACUGCUUCUCUCUUUGUUGGGUUUCGUUGUGAACGCAGCAAAUCGUUUCGUACAUGCAGUUUGUUGAGGUUGUAGCCGAAAACGUCUGACUUGGUGUUCCAAUACACCCCGAGAAUCUUUUCAUAGGGUCCGUUCUUUUCCUCAAACGAAACAAUGGUUUCACCGACCUGCCUUCUGUCUGCUGGAAUUGACUGUAGAAGCGUAUCCGAAUUACUUAUGAAGUUGCGGAUAUAAAACCCGGCAUGUUCGUGAACAUUGAUCACUUGAUUGGUUGUUUCUUGGGCAAUAGCGUCAGAGGUAAAACUAUCGAUGUAGUCAUCCACGUAGUGCUGGCUCACGAUGGCGUCGUAUGCCAAGGGGUGGGACGCCUUGUGACGAGAAGCGUUUUCGUUUUUUACGGCCUGAGCACACGCUGGAGAACAGGUAGCGCCAAACGUCAUUACUUGCAUAACAAAUAUUUCUGGUGUUUUCUGCUCGUUGCAUUCUCGCCAUAGUAUGCUUUGUGCGUAUUGGUCCUCCGAACGCACCUUCACCUGGUGAAACAUCUCUUUGAUGUCACCAGCAACUGCCGUGUUGCCUUCCCGAAAUCUCAAUAAUACUCCGAAGAGUGAUGUCGUUGCAUCGGGUCCUGCCAACAGUUGCGAAUUAAGAGAUAUUCCCUGCACUUUCGAUGCUGCGUCGAAGACUAUGCGAGGUUUUGGUUCUUGUUUGUUCGAGUUUGUCACAAUAAAGUGUGGCAAAUAGUACACUCGGGUAGGUGGUUUCAAUAGUUCUGCUGCCGUUAGCUUUCGCAAAUAACCCUUUGAGAUAUACUCCUUGAAUGUGCGCAACGCCCAUUCCUUUAGUUUGGGUUGUUUUUGCAGUUGCCCUUCUAGGCUCUGUAAUCUGCCUAGAGCGUUCCUAUAGCUGUCGGGGAAUUGAACUUCAUUCGUUCUCCAUAAAAGCCCAAUCUCGUACCUUCCGUUCUCGUACUUCAUCGUUUGUUUGAUGAUAUUGCAAGCUCUUUCAUGUUCUUCGCUGCAUACUUGUUUAGCUUCAAGCUUUACCCCAAAAUCUUCCGUAGAGAAGUAGUUUUUUAACAUUGUGUUCAUGCUUUCUUCUUCUUGCAUGAUCAUUACUCUUUCUGGAUCGUCACUGAGUACGUUUUCUUUUCCGAAUACUAACCAGCCAAGUUUAGUCUUUAUCCCGAUGGGCUGGUUGUCUAACCCUGUUUUCCGAUCAAGCGGAAGGAUUAGUUGGCUGUGGUUAAGGCCGAUUAGCAAGGUUGGUCUCACAUCUGCAAAGCUCUUCAGUGGAAUGCUUGAAAGAUGAGGAUAUUCUUUUUUAAGUCUUUCUGCAUUAAUGGUCUGCAUAGGAAGGUUCAAGUUCAUGAGCGUUCUUGCAUCAUCUAUGAAGUGUUCUACGUUGUUGCUUCCAGUUACGUUGAACUUUACUCUACGACUCUUCGAAUCACAAUUUUCUAUAUUGCCAGUCCACUUCAGUUUAAGGGGAUCGCAAUCUCCCUUUAGAUCCAGUUUUUUGGCUAUAUUUUCCUCUAAAAGUGUUAAUGAGGAACCUGGGUCAAGGAAUGCGUAUGUACUGACGGCUAAAGUCCCGUUUCGUAGGGUAACUGGCACUAUCUGAUAAUAUAUUUUUUGUUUCGCCCUUGAAACUUCGUCAUGUUGCAGAUGAUGAUAUGAUGUUUGGGCGUUGCUUUCACUAUAUGUGAUAGGAUGGUGCUCCCUUACAACUUCGUGGUGUUGAUUUACCGAUUGUGCUCUAUUUUCGUUAUGCAUUAAGGGGUGGUGCGGUCCCGUACACCCGUUCACACCACAGCCCUUCCAGAUUCUGCAAUCAGUAAGCUUAUGGUUCGUGAAGCGUAAACAGCCGUGACACAGACCAGCCCUUACUAUUGUCUUCCAUCUUUCGCUGAUCGUCUUCGCUUUGAACGUCUCACACUGUGGUAACGAAUGGUCGUUCGCGCAUUCCACACAGCGCAGCUUUGACUUGUUAUUUCGUUUUGGGAUUGCUUGAGGUUGCUUGCGUUCCAACUCACCUUCGUGGAUGCAAACAUGAUCUCGUCCCGCUGGUUUUAUUACGCGUCGAAUCUUUCGAGCAGCGAUUUUUAGCCAUUCAUUCACUUCAUUGAUCGUGGCAUCUCUUUCCGACUCUGCCACGUCGAACCACUGAAGCUGGUACGACAUCGGCAGUUUUGCCACAAUGUCAUCGAUGAGUCUUGCAUCGUUCAAAUAGUGAGUGCAAUUCAGAGCCGUUAUGUUGGUUACCAAAUUGUCUAUGGCGUCUGAAAGUUCUGGUAUUUUGGACGUAUUAUCAAUACGCACCUUCAGCACGUCUUUAACCAGAUCGCGAUACACCAAUUCUGGCCUGCCAAAGGACUCUUCUAAUCUAUCGAUGAUUGCUGGAACGUUCUGCGGAUCAAGCAUCAAAGGUUUCACGCUUUUCUCCGCUUCCCCUCGUAGGGAGCGCUGAAUUCUGUGCAAAUUCUCUAGCUGCGAGAAAUUUCCAUGUUUUGAUGUAUCCAGCAGCGUUUUUUUAAACAGCGGCCAAUCCUUAGGCUUCCCAUCAAAACUGGGUAGUGAGAGAAUGCUCUCCCUCUUUAUGAGCACCUCAAGCGCCUUUUCACCAUGGUUGGGCUCAAUCGCUGCAUUCUUUAGAGCUUUUACGAGCUCCUGUAUAAGCGACCGAUCGUUGUUGCCAGCCAUGGCCGGUUCUUCCAUUUUCGAAGUGCUCGGACGUAGAACGCACUUGAUACACAAAAAAGGUUCAUCCGGCGUUGGGGGUACGCUAAGCUUCGCGCACUCCAGGUGGAACCACCGGUCACAGUCGUCACACUGGACCAUAUGUUCCUUUUCUUCGUCCGGGUCGUGGCAUAAUCUACAUGCCCCUUUCUUGUUGUCCACGAAAAAUUCCUUCCUCGUGGUCGUUUUUAUGGGCGCCGUCGUGGUCGCCCUUUUAGAUACCGUCGUGGCCGUCUGGCUGGUAUCUUGCUUCGUAGCCAUUUCACCUGCUUCGUUGCGGGGUUGCCGAGUACCGCUGAUGUCGUCUGCCGGAAUUCUCGAUGAAAUGCGAUGGUCUGGCAGCGCCGUCCGUUGUAACACUGUCUGUGUUCAGGAUACGAUCAUCCACCAGCUCCCAUUCCUCCACCGGUCCGAUCACGCUAUCGGGUCUCGUACGAACCUCCUUGAUUCGCGGUACGUAUCCGCACGCCUAGAGUCGUCUUAAGCGUUUGGGAACUAACGGAUGCUAGUUCCUCUCUGGAGCCACCAAUGUUGCCCGACCUCUCCGCCGCACCGACCAGCCGCGAAGGUAGCUGGUGCCUGGGUCCGCCGUGGAGACGAGCAGCAAUUCGAACUAAGCCCCGCUUCACUAACACCGCCAGGAACUCCGCCUUCGAGAUCCCUUUGGCAAAAGUUCGCGCCUCACAGCGACUGCCUUCCAGCUAGUUUCCCCAGGCUUUCGGGGGGCUAUGCAGAUGGAAGGGGAACCUUUACCGCAGAAACUCUCAAGAGGAGAAGCUCAAGGAGUAGAGAGUGAGCGAGCAGAGAUCGGAUUCGACUUCGCCUUUCUGCCUACUGGUGUCCGCCGAGGAUUACCACUGGAGGGGUCCAAUAGCGGAUCAAUAAGCUUUCGAAGAUUAUAUCGUUUCGGGAGUGAAAUAAUAUAUUGCGUUUCGUUUCUCUUGCUUAGCUCCUUUUGUUUAUUUUCAGUUAGGAAAGGGAUGAUUUUACAGCGUGUUUUUCUAGCGAUGGAUAACAUCCUUUUCUAGGAAAAAUAUUCUUCCUUAGGUGAGGCGAAAAAUAUAUUAGGAUCGAACGCGAUCCUCUACUACCGCGCCCUGGACACCUAUCUCUAACGCUAAAUUAUGUUUCUAAUUCUGUGUAGUGCAUACUAGGUUUUUAUUAGGAAAUUCCUGGCCUUAGUCGAAAAAUGUCCUGAUGAGGACGAAGGGAAAAUAUUUAUUCGAGGAUCGAACGCGAUCCUUUUUAAUAGUGUACCGCAUUCCUGCCGCAUGCACUACCUAGUACGCUCGGAUACUAGGCGCUUAGAACCAUAGAGGAUGCUCUAUUCUAAUUUACUUAUCUGCCUAUCGUACGCGCUACUACCACCAUCACAUACACAGCGCGUUCGCUCGCUUGUGCUCGCAUCUGAUAAGCCUGAGCGACACCAGGCGACUCCUUCAAUCCAAAGUCACCGCGCGGGAUAACUGGACAUAAGAUGACAAAUAUUAAGCCUACAGAUAAGACGCUCUAGUGUGUUUCAUUAGUAUAUUAGUGCCGUGCAAUUGUUACACUUUAAGCAGCUCCAAUUGUCCAAUGACGCCAUUAAUAAUGUAUUGUUACGAAUAGAAUCUGAAGUUACACACACACACCAACACUCACACCUAGUUUGUAUUAAUUUGUGUUUUUUUCCUCUUUCCGAUAGGUAACUAGUGUCACUGUAUUGCAUUGUUUACAGUAUAGCGGUUACAGCCGAGGCGUUGUACAAAGGGUGCAAAAUUAGGCAAAAAAUAAAGAUAUGAAACGCAAGCUAAGAAUAGUACUUACCGGCAGUUAAAUUUUAAGAGUAGUAAAAACCCAUCUGACGCUACUAUCUUAAUAUGUUUCUCAAUAAAGUAAGAAGAAAAAAAAUACACACACACACGCACGCACACACUCAAUUUGGCCUGUUUAAAGAUAGCUAUGUUUUUUUGUGCAAUUUGCCGCACAAAUGAUUGUUUUCUGUUUAAAUUUCAUUUCAGUAAAAAACGGUUAU